AUGGCCUCAGAGUGCGAGCGCAUCACGCGGGAGAACCAAACUCGGUCGCCUCUCCUCCUUCUGCCAGCAGAGUUGCGCAACAGGAUCUACGAGCUCGCUUUUCCUACUGCGGCAGUCAAGGUGCACCCUGCAUGGGAUGAUCCGAAAGUCUACCUCGAUUACGACGGCCCGCGAGGUAUCAUUGCUUUGCUACAGACUUGUCGCCAAAUCAAUGCCGAAGCGAUGCAGUUCUUCCUUUCGACUCUGACUUUCGACACCGAACCCUGUUCACUUCAUGGCUUCACGGGAUUAUUCGGGAAGGAGAAAGCCGCGCUUGUGACUUCCAUUAUCUUCAAGCCGUCCGAUAUCGCCACAUGGAGUGGAAAGGGCUUGGAGCUCCGUAGGACCCAUGCUAUUCGCAGCCUCAAAGCGGUCAAGCAUGUGCAUGUUCUGAUCAAUUACAAACAAUGGUCGGAAUAUGGCAUAGAGUGGAAGGACACUAUGCGCGAGCUGUUCUACAAGCCUGAACUGGAGGUUACCGUUGCUGAAGGAAUGGAGCCAUACUACUGGUGA